AUGGGUGAAAUUGUUGUUUUUCCUGAGCAAGUUUCUUUUGAUGUUCGUCAGCAAAGGACUGCAAAACGCGUUAGAUUAACUGUCAAGAAUCUAGGGAAUAUUGCAUGUAAAGUUCAAAUACAUCCACCUCAGACAGAUUCUUUCGUUUUAACAGAUGCAAAAGGAAGAAUCAUCACAGGACUCACAAAGUUUAAUUUAACGUCAGAAUCAUCAGAAUACAUCUUUGUUGCUAAAGGAGCAAAUGUUGGGAUCGUUCCAGAUGACUUUAUUUUAGUCGAAGGUGGAAAAAAGCCAAUUAAAGUUGUGCUUAAGCCAGCCGUAUCACUUGUAUCUGUCAAUGAGCUAGAAGCUGCUGUGAAAGCAGAACAACCGAAGCCUUCUCCGCAUUCUGCUCGCUCUGCCUCGAAACAGAGCUCAAAGGUGAUUCUUUCUGACGAAGACGGAGUCAGAGAAAUACCUUCUCGCUCAUCAUUCAAAAGGCCAAAACAACAAGAGAAAAAUAACGAAAAUGAUCUUUCAUUUGAAGAAGCAGAUUUUGCACUAAACAUCAGACCAAAGAGCGAUAUAACAUCUCAGAUGUCUGUUAAGUCCGGAAAAAGCAGCUCAAGGUCAAUAAUUUCGAAACAAGAAAUACAAGAACCAGAAGAAGUCGAAACACCGGAAAUAAAGGAGUCCACGAAAGAAGCAGAGCGUGAAACACCAAGAAAGCGUUCUAAAUUACCAGUUCCUGCUGCAAUGAAGGAAGAUCCCAUUCCUAAGAAAUCAGGCAUUCCUAAAAGACAGCACCAUAACGAUUUACCAUAUACUCCUGACAUGGAUAUCCUUGAACAGUCCAUUCAUCUUAAAAUUAAAAAUGUUGAAAAUGAUGACAAUGGCGACAGCGAAAAUCAAUCUACAAUUGUUAAUUGGUAUGAGCCGGAUGCUUUUGCAGGCAUGGAAGAGCCAAACUACACUUUCGAACUAAUGAUGACAGGAGAAGGCGAAGAUCCGAUAUUUUGUAUCGAUGGAGACUACUACGAUUCAUCAGGCUGCCUCCUUACAGUUCAACAAGGGAAGCCUGGUGUUAUCUUUGUCACUGAGCAAGGAAACAAAAAUAUUUAA